AUGAUAAACAUCAGUCUAGCUCACAGUGGAGACCUGGAGACUUCAAGUAGGGCACUUCUCAACUGUGCAGUUCAACAGGUUCCAACAAUCAUAAAACAGUCAAAAGUGCAAGUUGCCUUUCCCUUUGAUGAAUAUUUUCAAAUUGAAUGUGAAGCUAAAGGAAAUCCAGAACCAACAUUUAUGUGGACUAAGGAUGACAAGCCUUUUGAUCUCUCUGACUCUCGGAUCAUUGUAUCCAACAACUCAGGAACCUUUAAGAUCCCAAAUGAGGGGCACAUAUCUCACUUUCAAGGGAAAUACCGCUGCUUUGCUUCUAAUAAACUGGGAGUUGCUAUGUCAGAAGAAAUAGAAUUUAUAGUUCCAAAUGUACCAAAAUUCCCAAAAGAAAAAAUUGACCCUCUUGAAGUGGAGGAGGGAGAUCCAAUCGUCCUCCCAUGCAACCCUCCCAGAGGCCUUCCACCACUACACAUUUAUUGGAUGAAUAUUGAAUUAGAACACAUUGAACAAGAUGAAAGAGUAUACAUGAGUCAAAAGGGAGAUCUGUACUUUGCAAAUGUGGAAGAAAAAGACAGCCGGAAUGAUUACUGUUGCUUUGCCGCAUUCCCGAGAUUGAGGACUAUUGUGCAGAAAAUGCCAAUGAAACUAACAGUUAACAGUUUAAGGCAUGCUAAUGACUCAAGUUCAUCCACAGAAAUUGGUUCCAAGGCAAAUUUGAUCAAGCAAAGGAAACCCAGACUGCUGUUGCCUCCUACUGAACGGGGCAGUGAGUCUUCAGUUACUAUCCUCAAAGGGGACACCCUGCUGCUGGAGUGUUUUGCGGAAGGCCUACCAACUCCACAGGUUGAUUGGAACAAAAUAGGUGGCGACUUACCAAAAGGAAGAGAAACAAGAGAAAAUUAUGGCAAGACUUUGAAGAUAGAGAAUGUCUCCUACGGGGACAGAGGGAAUUAUCGUUGCACAGCCAACAAUUUCUUAGGAUCAACCACUCAUGAUUUUCAUGUUAUAGUAGAAGAGCCUCCUCGCUGGGCAAAGAAACCUCAGAGUGGUGUGUACAGCACUGGGAGCAGCGGUAUCUUGUUAUGUGAGGCAGAAGGAGAGCCUGAACCUACAAUCAAGUGGAGAGUGAAUGGCUCCCCAAUUGACAAAAAUCCAUUUGCUGGUGAUGUUGUCUCCCCCGGGGAAAUCAGUUUUACCAACCUGCAACCGAAUCACACUGCUGUGUACCAGUGUGAAGCCUCAAAUGUCCAUGGCACCAUCCUUGCCAAUGCCAAUAUCGAUGUUGUAGAUGUCCGUCCACUGAUACAAACUGAAGAUGAAGAGACUUAUGCUACGGUGGUUGGUUACAGUGCUUUCUUACACUGCGAGUUCUUUGCUUCACCUGAAGCAACAGUGUCCUGGCAGAAGGUGGAAGAGGCGAAACCUCUUGAAGGUAGACGGUACCAUGUCCAUGAAAAUGGCACAUUGCAGAUCAACAAAACCACAGAAGAUGAUGCUGGCUCAUACUCUUGUUGGGUAGAAAAUGCUAAAGGAAAAACCGCAGUCACGGCCAACUUGGAUAUUAGAAAUGCUACAAAACUUCAAGUUGCUCCUAAGAAUCCUCGCGUCCCCAGACUGCACGUGCUUGAAUUACAUUGUGAGAGCACGUGUGACCCACAUUUGAGGCAGAGUUUGAAGUUGUCCUGGAGUAAGAAUGGAGAAGCCUUUGAAAUUAAUGCCACAGAGGAUGGCAGGAUAAUUAUCGAUGGAGCUAAUUUGACAAUAUCUAAUGUCACCUUAGAGGAUCAAGGUAUUUACUCCUGUUCAGCUCAAACUGCUCUGGAUAGCGUUACUGAUGUAACUCAAGUAACUGUCCUCGGUAUUUGUAUCUUUAGCUCUCUGGUUGCUGGGAUCCACAGUAAUUUUAAUACUUACAAUUUUUCAGCUCCAGACAAGAAUCCACAAAACAUAAGGGUUCAAGCCUCUCAACCCAAGGAAAUGAUUAUAAAAUGGGAGCCUUUGAAAUCCAUGGAGCAGAAUGGACCAGGGCUGGAGUACAGAGUGACCUGGAAGCCACAGGGAGCCCCCGUGGAGUGGGAAGAAGAAACAGUCACAAACCACACCUUGCGGGUGAUGACGCCUACUGUCUAUGCUCCUUAUGAUGUCCAAGUCCAAGCCAUCAAUCACCUUGGCUCCGGCCCUGAGCCUCAGUCAGUGAUUCUCUAUUCUGGAGAAGACUAUCCUGAUACAGCUCCAGUGAUCCAUGGGGUGGAUGUUAUAAACAGCACAUUAGUUAAAGUUACCUGGUCAACAAUUCCAAAGGACAGAGUACAUGGACAUCUGAAAGGAUAUCAGAUAAAUUGGUGGAAAACAAAAAGUCUGUUGGAUGGAAGAGCACAUCCCAAAGAAGUAAACACUCUGAGAUUUUCAGGACAAAGAAACUAUGGAAUGGUUCCUUCUCUAGAUGCCUUUAGUGAAUUUCACUUAACAGUCUUAGCCUAUAAUUCCAAAGGAGCUGGUCCAGAGAGUGAGCCUUAUAUAUUUCAAACACCAGAAGGAGUACCUGAACAACCAGCUUUUCUCAAGGUCAUCAAAGUUGAUAAAGACACUGCCACUUUAACCUGGGGACUACCUAAGAAAUUGAAUGGAAACUUAACUGGCUAUCUAUUACAGUAUCAGAUAAUAAAUGACACCUAUGAACUUGGAGAACUGAAUGAUAUCAACAUUACAACUCCAUUGAAGCCCAGCUGGCGUCUCUCAAACCUCAAUGCAACUACCAAGUACAAAUUCUACUUGAGGGCUUGUACUUCAAAGGGCUGCGGAAAACCAGUCACAGAGGAAAGCUCCACGUUAGGAGAAGGGGGUAAAAGUAUCGGGAAGAUACCAGAAGGAGUCAAUCUUACUCAAAAGACUCACCCAGUAGAGGUAUUUGAGCCGGGAGCUGAACAUAUAGUUCGCCUAUUGACUAAGAAUUGGGUUGAUAACAAUAGCAUUUUUGAAGAUGUAAUUGAGACAAGAGGGAGAGAAUACGCCGGUUUAUACGAUGACAUCUCCACUCAAGGCUGGUUUAUUGGAUUGAUGUGUGCAAUUGCUCUUCUCACACUAAUACUGUUAACUGUUUGCUUUGUGAAGAGGAACAGAGGUGGAAAGUACUCAGUGAAAGAAAAGGAAGAUCUGCAUCCAGAUCCAGAAGUUCAGUCAGUAAAAGAUGAAACCUUUGGUGAAUACAGUGACAGUGAUGAAAAACCUCUCAAAGGAAGCCUUCGAUCCCUUACCAGGGAUAUGCAGGCCACAGAAAGUGCCGACAGCUUAGUCCAGUAUGGAGAAGGCGACCACGGUCUGUUCAAUGAAGAUGGAUCAUUUAUCGGUGCUUAUGCUGGAUCUAAGGAGAAAGGAUCUGUUGAAAGCAAUGGAAGUUCUACAGCAACAUUUCCACUCCGAGCAUAAAUGUAUCCCAUGUAAACAACAUCAGUGGUUCAUACCAACCUUCCAUAUUUAUCUGUUCAAGGGAGCAAGAACUUUCACGUAGGAAUAGAAACGUAUUGGCAAAAGAUUUCAUCCAGAAUUCGAACAUCUUGCAAUUAUGUUGAGAAAAAUAGCACUGCCUUGAAAAAAUAAAAUACCAAGCACUAUAGGCCUAUAUUGUUUUGUUUUGUUUUUCAGGUGCUGAAAAUUCAGAACACAAAACAUAUCCUGUAUUUAGAUUCACCUCAACUGAACCCAAAGUAUCAAUUCAGUGUACUCCAUUUUUGCCUGGAUUUACUGUUCACUGUGUUUGCAUAGUUGUUGCUACCUUGUGGGUUUUUCUCUGUGUGCACAUUUGUGUUCAGUCUCUGAGAACUGUCUUAGUGACUUUGCUUCACUACAGGUAAAAAGAUGGUAAGCAAACUGGUUAUUUAAAAUGUAAAGAGGAAUAUGAAUGUCUUAUUAAAGCAGUUCAUUGAAUAUAUACAGUCUAAAUCUAUUAUUUAAAUUGUUAGUAGCAGGAGUCUUAGGUGAACAAUCAACUCGUAUUUAUUGAGCGCCUGUUUGCCCAGAGAUGGUCAUGUUAAAAUAGAAUGCUAACUUUUUCAGUUUCAACAUGAAUUUUUUUAUGUCUAUCAGUUCUGACAUCUAGAACCAUUUUCUCUUUUUUCUUUUUUGGUUUUUUCCUUGGACUAAAUUCAGCUGCAAAGGAAGUGGUGGUCAGAAGGUUAUCUUAUGAAAGAACAGGCCAAGCUAUCCAUGAUGCUAGAGCCUAAUAGCUAAACCUAGUUAAUAUCUCCAUUUCUAAAUUGACUGCUUUUACCCUUUUUCUGUGUUUAUAUAAUGGUAUGCUCGCAUAUACUUCAUGAAUGCUUUGUACAUAUUAUGUUAAUAUUUACACAAUUUAAAAUAUAGAUGUGUUUUAUUUUGAAGUGAGAAAAAGAACAUUAACAGGCAUGUCUGUACAGCUAGAGUAUAUAGUGAGAUAACAUGCCAAUAGCAUGAGGCUCCAAAACUGAAGACUUUGUAUAGAGCAUUUGGAUUUUGUUCUUAUAUUGCUUUCUGCGACAGUCUCAAAAUAAAAUAUCAUAUAAAUAUUGGAAAUGUUUUCCUAUUUUUCAAAAUAAGUUUUUAUUGUUGAGUAUAUUCUUACCCUGGCCCCCAAAAGGAAAAAGAACUGUUUACGGUAGAAAUUUCCAUAUAUAUGUUUGCCUUUCACAUUUUAAACAUCUUCAGGGUGGGCUCUCUUUGCUCUUCUGUCAAAGUCAGUACAAAUCCAGGGAAUUAAUUUCCUGGCGUGUGGGCUACUAGUCCUUCUAAAAUUGUACAUGAAAAUGGUUUAAAAAUAUUAUGAAGGACUGUGCAUGAAUGCCAGUAAAAUUCAGUGUUCAACUUCUCACUUUAUGGAAACAUUUGUUAACCCUACCAUGAAAUUCUUAAUUAUGUUUAAGUGAAAGUGACUCACAGAUUUUCCUUUAUUUUUUGAACUGUAGCUGUGGCCAUAUAUUGUUAAAUCCUGACUUUGAUUUAUGCAGCCCACUGUAUUUCUUGUGGACCAAGAUUAGGGAUGUUUUUACAAUGGUCAAUGCAGGAAUCCACAUGGAGUAUCUAAUUGUCAUUUUAAACCUUGUGUGUCCUCCAAAAUAUAUAGGCAGCAAAAGAAUGAUUUAAAACAAUGUGUCAUGGGCUCAGGAUUUGACCAAACUCCCAGAAGAAAGAGUUUCCAAAGGGGAAGGUAUCUUGGUCCUCAACCUAUGUAUGAGGAUCCACACAUCCAGCAGUGCACCUUGAGCUUCAUCCCCAUCUGAUUUCUAAAGCACUUUUCUGGAGGAAGAAUCAUCAUGUUUUGACUUAUCUGGGAGGAAUUCCUGGUACUCAGCUACUGAUGAGGCCAAGGUUAGGACUUCUGAGUGUAGUUCUGCUGUUUUUCUAGUUCCUCUUCUUUGUCAUCAGCCAAAAAGGUUUUAAGAAAAUCAUGCAGGUUGGAAUAAUCUCCAAAAAGCAUUAGGGUGUAGAUUUAUUAUAAAUUUGAUAAUCUUUAAGUUAGAAGUUAAUGCAAAUACUGAAGUGUUUCAUUUUCCUAGACUUCAAUGUUUCCCUUUAGCAGUCUGAGUAAUAGGAAUGUUCCUGCUCAUAUAUUCUCAAUGACCAAAACUCACAGAUAGGAUAAAUGACAUUGCAUUAUCACUGCCUUUUGCUAUUAUUCUUCAUACCUUUUCUUAAUAUCAUUUGGCUUCUACUGGGAAUCUUCAGUGCAGAAGGAAUUGGUUCGUAACUAACUUUCUCUGUUAACUGUCAAUGUUAUUUUAAUGUAAUAGAUUGUAUAUAAUCUCAAGGAUUGUUGGUGGGAAUGAGUUCCUAGAGAAUUGUCCAAGGGUUGGGAAAAUCCAAGUUCUCUUCCUGGUUCCAGCACUGAUUUUGUACAUAAACCUUAGGCACGUUGCUUGACCCCUUUGCUUCAUACUGUCUCAACUAUAAAGUGCUAAUGAUUAUCUCAGUUACCUUAUCUUUGUCACAGGGUGUUCUUUUUUAUGAAGAAAAAUUUGAAAACGAUAAAAGCUAAGAUGCCUUUUAACUUCAUAAACAAACCUUUAAUCUAACGAUGUAUCAAAAGCCACCCCACACAUACCAACUCAACUUCUUUCCUGUGAGCACAUAAAUAUAUUUUUAUAGAAAAACAAAUCUACAGGAAAUAAAAUCUACUGUUCAGUGAGCAGUAUGAUUUGCACAUGCCAUCAAAAUUAUUAAUCAGAAAACAAUUAAGCAGGGUCUUUGCUAUACAAAAGUGUUUUUCACUGAUUUUGCAUGUGUAUUUGUAGAAAAUGUGAAUUUGGUGGAUUAUUCUAUUAGUAUAAAGGCAUCUGAUAUUUUAGAUGUACCCAUGUUUAUAAAAGUGUAAAGCACAAUGAAAUUAUGCUGGAAGUCUCAAAUAAUAUUUUUUUCCUAUUUUGUAUUCAUGGAAGAGAUGAGAUAAAGAGAGAACAAUAAUGAGAAAUGUUGGUGUGUUUUUCUAAGCAUUUAAAACAUAAUUGCCAAUUGAAGCCCUAAAUAUGUUUACAUGCCAUUAAGAUAUGAUUCUUGUAACAAUUUUAAAUUGAUUAUAAAGGGAUUGGGUUUGUAAUCUGUGGUAGUAUAUAUCCUAGUGUUCCCAUAGUGAAAUAAGUAGGGUUGAGCCAAAGCUUACUUUGUUUUGUGUCUUAAAUUGUUUGAUUACAUCAUCAAAAGAGAUAAAAGGUAUGUAGAACUGGUUCACCUGAUUACUUUUCUUUUUUUGGCUUAGAUUAAUACAAUAGAACUUUAUUAAAAUGUGUUUGUAUUGUAGGUGGUGUUUGUAUUAUGCUUAUGAAUAUGUAUGGUUUAAAAAUAUUUUCAUUAUACAAGAAAUUCAACUUUCCAAAUAAAAGUUCAACUUCGUGUACUCUAAAAA